AUGGAAGCCCAGUUGGAUAUCUACAAAGAUGCCGUCGUCUUCAUAACGGGCGCCACUGGCUUCGUGGGCAAAGCUCUGCUGGAGAAGCUGCUGUGGAGUUUUCCCCAGAUCAAGCGCAUCUACAUGCUCAUCCGCGCCAAGGCUGGCGUCUCGCCCGAGCAGCGUUUCCAGAACUUCCUACAGAAUGACAUUUUUCAGCGCAUGCGCAGCUCGUUUCCAGAGCGUCUAAAGAAAAUCUCGUAUUUUGCGGGAAACAUCGAGGAUGAUUAUUUUGGUUUGCAUGAGCGGGACAGAGACGAGCUUUGCGCAGAGGUUAAUAUUAUAUUCCACAGCGCCGCGACAGUGCGUUUCAAUGAGCGUCUCAAUGUGGCAGCUCGCGUCAAUUCGCUGGCCACCUACAAUCUGCUGGAGAUGUGCACAAAAAUGCGCCAACUGCAGCGUUUUCUGUACGUAUCCACUGCGUACUGUAAUCCGGGUCGCAAGUAUGUGGACGAGUGCAUUUAUGCCACACUGCCGCCUGUGGACUGGCGGCAGUUCCUGAGCGCCGUCAAAAAGAUACCCGAGGAGUACCUGAACCGGCUGGCCGACUACAUAAAGGGCCCGCACGUGAACACGUAUACGUUCACCAAGUCGAUUGCGGAGCAGAUUGUGAACUCCUACAGGGACCGCAUACCCAUUGUCAUAGUGCGACCCUCGAUUGUGACGGCCGCCUAUCGGGAGCCGUAUCCGGGCUGGAUCGACAACAUACAGGCGAUCAGCGGCAUUAUGAUGGAGAUCGGCAAGGGCGGCAUCAGCAGCAUAUUGGGGGACAAGAAUCUGAUUUGCGACAUUAUUCCCGUGGACUUUGUGGUCAAUGCAAUGAUCAUGAUGGUGCACAAGGCGGAGCUGGGCAGCAUCAGCGUCUGCAAUGCCAGCUCAGGCUCUACGAAUCCCAUCACCUGGCAGCGACUCGGUGAACUGACCAUGAAGUGGUCCCGCAUCUAUCCCACCAGGCGCAUGAUCAUGUUUCCCAGCUUCAAGUAUCGUCGCGGCGCCUUGAGGCACGAGCUGGCCGUGUGGCUGCUGCACUUUGUGCCCGCGCUGCUGAUGGAUCUGCGCACUCUGGCGCUGGGCUCCAAGCGGCGCUUCGCCACGCCCAUAGCCAAAAAGUUUCGACAAGCCUGCCUGGCGGGCAGCUUCUUUUCGUUGAACGAGUGGAUAUUCAAGAACCGCAGUCGAUUCUACUUCAAGCAGCUGAUUGAAAACGGGACUUUUGGCGAGCUCUGCUGGAACCUGGAUGAGCUCAACUACGAUGACUAUGUCAGACGCCAUGUGAUCGGCAUCAAUAAAUAUUUACAUCGGGAAAAGUUUACACUCGAUGCCAACAAAAUGCAGGUGACCAGAAUCUACUGGUUCUGGAUAUUUGCGCACCUGUGCUUCUAUAUGCUGCUGGUGUACAUACUACUCUAA